UUAAAUAAAGUGGUCUUGAGCCCGCCCAGCAAUGGCGGCGCCGGAGUUGCGCCUGGACGGCUCGAUUCGCUUCUGGGUUUUGCUGCCCGUCGCUUGGAUCGCGCUGGCCGUCGGGAUCCUGCGGCUGCGCGUCGCGGCGCUGCUGCGCGGCGAGCGCGACCUGGGUUGGCCCCAGCAACUGCAGGACACGCAGAUUCUGGCACGCAGCCGCCUUCUGAGGGAAAAUGGACGGUUCCUGACUCACCAGGGCUUCCUCAUGCGCAAACAUUACUUCAACAACCCGGAAAGCGGCUUCUUCCGUAAAACGAAGCGUAAGAUCCAGCCCCGAAACCCGCUGACAGAUCCAACUAUGGUUACGGAGAUGAUGAAAGGGAACAUUGUCAACGUGAUUCCCAUGAUCCUCGUCGGAGGCUGGAUCAAUUGGGCAUUCUCCGGCUUCGUGGCGACCAAAGUUCCCUUCCCCCUGACCCUGCGAUUCAAGCCCAUGCUGCAGCGCGGGAUUAACUUGCCUUCCCUGGAUCCCUCUUGCUCUUCUCCUAACAGGGUGAGUUCCGCCUCCUGGUACUUCCUCAACGUCUUCGGCCUGCGCCGGGUGUACAAUCUCCUCCUGGGGGAAGAGACUGCUGCAGAACAGAACCAACUGCUCCUGCAAGACCAGUUCCUGGGUCCCACCGUGCCGUCCCCCCCGGACCCAAAUAAGGCCUUCAAGGCCGAGUGGGAAGCUUUGGAGCUCGUCUCUCACCACUGGGCCCUCCAGGAUGUAGAAGAACAGCUGAUGGGGCGGGAUCUCAAACUGACGCGGAGGUCUGGGUCCGACUGAGCCGAUCGUCGGCAUCCGAGGGUUGCCGCCCAGCAGGGAAGCGACGAGCCCCCAAAGAGGGUGCGACAGAAGCCCGCCCUUACCUUGCAUGGUGUGUUAAAGAGUGUGGCACAGCUAUCGGCUUCACAGGCGGAGCAGCGCCGGAGUGGUAGGCGACGGAGACACUGGAACAAGCCCUUGGUCCCAGCAGCAUGUCGUGCCGAGAAGGCCGGGGGAGAAGAAAAAGCAGAAUACACUGCCGCUCACCGACAGGAAGAACGGAGCGUGCGGGGGCCGCCUCUGCUUGUCCGAGCGCAAAGGGGUGUGUGUGUGUAGACAGCAGAAUGGUUUGUGUAUUAAAACA